UUCUGAUUCUCAUUCCACACAAUGUCUGGCCAACCUACCAUCCGUCUCGCGACGCCUGAGGACGUCCCCUUCAUCCUCCAGUUCAUCCGGGAGCUUGCCGACUAUGAGAAGGCUCUCCACGAGGUUGAGGCAACUGAGGAGUCUCUCCUGGCGACUCUGUCUUUCCCCGACUCUACCCCCAAGCGAGGCUCGGUCUAUACCGCGCUUGUCAUCCCACCUGCGACCGCGGAGCAGCCAAGCCCCAAGCCAGUGGGCAUGGCACUGUUCUUCUACAACUACUCAACCUGGCGUUCUGCUCCCGGUAUCUACCUCGAAGACCUCUAUGUGCAGCCUAGCGCCCGAGGCAACGGUUACGGCUUUAAGCUUUUGAAGUACCUCGCGGCUAAGGUCCUAGAAGUGAAUGGCAGACGGCUCGAAUGGAGUGUACUCAAGUGGAACGAGCCCAGUAUCAAGUUUUACGAGCAGGUGGGCGCCAAAGCGAUGGAUGAAUGGACUAAGAUGAUGAUGGAGGGACCCGCUUUAAAUAAGCUUGCUGAAGGAGUCUGAUUGCGAGUCUGACCCUUUUUUUCUAUUAUUAACUCGGCUUUAUUGGCUUUUGAUGCGUACAGCGAAGAGGGUAAGAGGAUUAGAUCUGGGUGGCCUGUGAAAAUAUAUCUUCUUUCAAGUUUACGAAAUAUGUGCUGUAUGUACAUGCAUUCAACUUAAUACCCUCAACCAGAAUUAUCAUCUUUCUACUAGCGACG